AGUCGAUGCCGUUCAAUUUCCGUCGUAACUACUAACUAGUCAGCUUUUGAACUCAGGGAGAGAGAGAGGGUCUUCUUCUCUGCUCGAAUUCACAGUUAUGGCUAUGACCUAGGGUUUCCAAUUUUAUCCACAAAAAUCCAUAAAUUAAACCUCGACAUGGCCACAGACCUUCCUUGUCUUCUUCCAUUUCUUCUUUUUCUCUUCAUUUCUCACUUUCCCCUCUCUUUCUCUGGUUCAGUAAAUUCAAUGGAGUCAGUUCCUGAUCUAACAAAGUCAAUGUAUGUGGAUUUUGAUGGAUACCCUUGUGUUAGAUUACUCAAUCUUACCGGAGAAAUUGGCUGUUCAAAUCCCGGACGAGAUAAGGUGGUUGCUCCGGUUGUAAGAUACAAGAAUGUUAAUGAAGUUAGUAAGCCUUCUGCAGUUUUGGUGUCCUUAAAUGAGUUUCUUGAACUUGUUGGCAGAACAUCAAAUGAUUCAAGUUUUGCCAAGAACAUUGGUGGUGUUUUAGUUGAACAAGGGAUGGACACACAAAUCAAAUUAAAAGGAUUUUCUCCAGACCAAAAGUUCCCAGGAGCUGAAUAUGCACCUUACAAAAACAUCAACUAUGAAUGGAACCCAAUUGGAUCUGGUAUGAUGUGGAGAGCUUACAGUUUUCCUGUAUUCUUAAUCACUGAGGGUGGUGCACAGUUGGUGCAGGAGGUUGCCAUGAACAAUGAGAAGAAAAGGAAUGAUUAUACCGCAGAUGUGGUUGAGUUUGAUUCAGUGAUGCAGACAACAAAAUCUGGUACCCAUGAUUCAGAAUCCUGUUUACAAGAACAGACUUGCUUUCCAUUAGGUGGAUACAGUGUUUGGUCAUCGCUUCCUCCAAUUAAUAAUUCAUCCACAAAUCACUCCAAGCCAAUUAUAUUAACUGUCGCAUCUAUGGAUUCUGCUUCAUUUUUCCAUGAUAAAAAUCUCGGUGCCGAAUCCCCUAUUUCUGGAUUGAUAGCAUUGCUGGCAGCUGUUGAUUCACUUUCUCAUGUAAAUGGUCUGGAUGACCUUGGUAAACAGCUUGUCUUUUCAGUUUUCACAGGGGAGGCAUGGGGUUACCUUGGUAGCAGGAGAUUUUUGUUUGAACUAGAUUUACAAUCAGAGGCUGUUAAUGGGCUCAACAGUAGUCUGAUUGAAACGGUCAUAGAAAUUGGAUCUGUUGGAAAGGCCUUCAGUCAAGGGAAUAGCACAUUUUUUGCUCACACAGCUGCGGUUUCACUGGCCACUAAAGAAACAUUGAAUGCCUUAAAACAUGCUCGAGAUUCACUUGAAAACAUUACAGUUUCAUCAGCAAGCACUUUAAAUCCAGGGAUACCCCCAUCAUCCUUGAUGGCAUUUCUUAAAAAGAACCCUUCUACUUCCGGGAUGGUAUUGGAAGAUUUUGAUACUUCUUUCUCUGAUAAGUUUUACCACAGUCACCUGGAUGAUAUGUCAAAUAUAAAUUCUUCAGCCAUAGUGGCAGCGGCUUCUCUUGUUGCCCGCACACUUUAUAUCCUUGCAAGUGAUGACAAAAAUUUAAGCAGCACAGCUCUUGAUGCCAUCAAUGUCAAUGCCUCUCUAGUUGAAGAACUGAUGAGUUGCCUAUUGGACUGUGAACCAGGAUUGUCUUGUGAGUUGGUGAAAAGUUAUAUAGUACCAACCAAUCAAUGCCCAAACCACUAUGUUGGAGUUAUCCUUGGGGAACCUUCGUCAAAUCCCUAUCUUGGAUAUGUUGAUGAUGUUUCCAGGUUUAUAUGGAAUUUUCUAGCUGAUAGAACUUCUAGUUCGAUGUUGGAUGCGAGCUCUGAUUGUUCAAAAGAGUGCAGCAACAAAGGUGGUGUGUGCAUUAAGGCAGAGGUAGAUGGGAAGGGAUUCUGUGCUAUUUCUACAACCAGGUAUGUACCAGCGUAUUCAACACGCUUGAACUAUGAAUCUGGAACUUGGCAUGUGUUGCCUUCAGAUUCUUCUGAUCCCAUGGGAAUGGUGGAUCCUGUCUGGACGGAGAGCAACUGGGACACAAUCAGGCUUCGGGUCUACACUGUGCAGGAUGCAGCUUUUGAUCGUUUAGUUUUGCUGGCAGGUAUUACCAUCACAGUCAUGGCUUACCUGGCAAUUGUGCUUACAAGAGCCUAUAUAGCGAAGGCCUUGAAGCGGGAUUGAUCAAUAAUCCUAGUUUUGGUUAAUUUUAUGAAUAUACUGCAUAGAAAUGGUAGGAUCAGAUCUAAAAACAAAUGAUUCUAUCACAAUCUAUUACUGAAAUCAGUAGUUUUUUUUCCUGAACAUCGGCCUGGAUGCUACAUUAUUUGAGUUGCAUCCUCUAUCAUAUACAUGGAACUCUCGUCAUUGAAAGUCGAGCUUCUCAAAUGGCUGAGUUCUCAUGUCAUUAUUUCAAGACUACUUUCUUUAGUGGUGUCUAGUUUUCCAGUUAUGUUAAAUUAAUGAAGCAGGUUAUGCAUUUGAAUUUUGAUUA